UUAUAUAGAUAUAUAUAUAUAUAUAUACUAUAAUUUGUAAGUUACUUUUGUAAACAAAUAGGACUUCCAUUUCCUAGAAAGUUGCCUAAAAACUUAUUAAACAAAAUAUAUGUUAAAAAAAUGUAAUAUAAUUUUUUCAAUUCUUGUUGAUAUUUUAUCAUAUAAUAGGCUUGGUUUCGUGGGAUUAUAACAAGAAAACAUUUAUUUAUGCUUUAUAAAGCAGCAAUAAUCAUUCAGUCUAAUUGGCGUGGGUAUUACGUAAGAAAUAAUUUUGAUAAAAUUUUAAUAAACAAAGUACACCGAAUGUGGGAAGAUUAUUAUAAUUGCAUGGCAACACGAAUCCAAGCAUUGUGGCGAGGUUAUUGGAUUAGAAAAACUUGUGUAAACUUCUAUGAAAGAUUGAGAUGGUUAAAUAAUAUAUAUGCAAGGAAUGAAGAGAUUAUAGAAAUCAUGCAAAAAUUCAAACAAAAUGAAAUUAAUUAUACCAGAAAUGUCCUGGAACGAGAAUCAUUACUAUGGAUUUUAUUUAUACUUUUUAAGCUACAUCAUUUGUUAAGAACAAAAAUUAGACCAGGUGUAAUCACACGAAUUGAUCAAAAUAAUUUUACUUUAAUUGAGAAGAUGUUAAAAUGUUUAAAAUAUGAAUUUUACAAACCAAAAAAAUUAACCUUUUGUGAGCAUCAUACAUUAGAAAAGCAAUUUUCAUCAAUUUUCCAUGGUACCUCUCUUGCUAGAUGUGAAAAAGAAAUUAGAAAUUUUGAGUACAAAUUGAAGAUUGGAAACAUAUCAAUAUACAGAAGUCAUUCUUAUACUGAAGAGGAAAAAAAGAGGAGAAAUACAGUACAAAGUCUAGGUCAUGAACUUAUACAAAAAUAUAAUAAUAAACAUACUGUUUCAAUGAAAAGCAUAGGUAUAAAUAACAAAAAAUGUAUAAAAUAAAAAACAGUUUUGUAAUAUAAUAUAAAAGUAAAUUAUUAUACUUAUGA